AUGUCGUCUGCCAAGGCUAAAGAACGCAAGAAUCUCGAGCCAAUGGCUCAAAAGACUCCGGUCAACCGUCGUCGUAAUAGUCUUCCAAGUCGAGAGGACAGUGUCGACGAAGACAGCUUUGAUGAGAGCAAUUACUCUGAAAAUGAUGAUGGUGGAGAGAGUAUCUCGGGCUCCUCCUCUUCGUCAGAAGUGGGCUCCAAGUCGGAUUUAGCCGCCACCAAUACCCUCAAGGCCUUGCUUGUGUCACAGCGUCGAUACAUCCCUGACUUCGAUAGUCUACCAAAAACCGGCGUUUGGAUCUCUCCUGCUCCUAGUAAGCAUACCGAGUUCAAGCAGGUCGUUGUACGUACCACCAAGUGCGACAUCUGCAACCAGAAGGUGGAAGCUCAGGACAAAGAGGAAGACGGUAAAGUUAUGCAACGAUGCCGCUGCUGUAACAUUCAAUUCUGUCAGGAUUGCGUACUUAGGGUAUCUGAAGAUGAGAUACACUAUCCUGUUCUUGCAGAGUUGGAAUGGGAAGCCAAAACAAAGGUUAAUGCUAUAACUCGGGGUCAUAAUGGUUUUAAAGAUCACAUGUUCCACAAGCCUCGAUCUGAGCCAAAGCCAGUCAGACCAAUGACCGCGUCGGAGAGAUUGGCCAACUCGAGGGCUAUCGCUUCCGGCAAGUUCAGCAACAUGGCUGUUAACACGCCAACUCCUUCACGUCCAUCGCGAGCCAAGACUACCAAAGCUGCUGCAAAGAAAUCCAAGAAGCGCGAGCUUCCUCCUGGAUACGCAUCUGAAGAGGGAGAUCCUCAUUAUGAUUUGGACUUGGACUGGAUUCAGAGUCUUCCUAUCGAGGAGCAGCGUAAGGAGAGAAAGGAGGCCGCUCAGCGCAAACUUUUGAGAAAACCUAUUCUUGAGACAAUGGAGUAUCCCGGCACCGACGAAGCUGAGAUCGAGCCAACUCCAAAGACUCGAACUCCACUUCCGAAUGCACCAAAGCGUCGUAAGGUUGCAACUCGCACUCCUGCAACUCGUCGUCGCAAUGGCAAAUCCACCAACACAGCCGCCGCUACUAGUGAUGUUGAAACUCCCCUCACUCAACCACCACGCAACACUCUUGAUAGCCUUUCUCAGGCCCAUCCAGUCACCGGAGAGAAUCUUCAGGAAAUGACCGAGCGAUCCGAUGAGAAUCAACGUAGCAUGACACCCAGUCACGAUGAUUUCGACAACGAGGAUUGCAUCCGAGUUGAAGCUAAUGAUGCCGAGGAGGACGAGUAUGAGCCCGAAAACAACUGA